AUGAGUUAAUUAUCUACUUCUUUAUCUAAAAUAUUUGGAAUAAUAUUCUUAAGAUCUUAGGAUGGUACAAGAUUGUACUCCAAAUACUACCCAUAGUUGUUUCCAAAGAAUUUAUUAAGAGUGCCGGAGGGUGUGCUUACAAAUAUUGACGUGUAGAAAUAAUUCGAACAUAAUGUAUGGGAGAAGGGAAAGAGAGUUGGAGCUCGUUUGACUAAGGGAAGUGAAAGUAUAAUUGAUGCUUAUGAUUUUAAAGCUGAGAUAUUUCAAUAUUGCUAGUUUAACAUUGUAAUGAAGGCAUUUAAUGAAGUACACUUGUUUGUGUUGGGUGACUUUGAGGAAAAUGAGAUCAUAUUGUCUUAAGUUAUAAAUGGAAUCUAUGAGUCAUUGAGUCACAUAACAAAGGAUCAUAUCAAUAAGAAAACCUUAUUGGAGAACUUUGAUCAAGUCAUAAUAAUAAUAGAUGAGAUUUGUGAUCAGGGGUAUGUUGAUAGAUAGAAUAAUUAAUAUUAGGAUAAUUAUUACGAUGGAUCCAUCAGUGAUUAUAGCCAGAGCGACAAUGAGAGAUACUGAAGCCAUAAGCUUGGAGAAGCAAGAAAGCACUAGUAUAUAAGGAGGAGCGUUUUCUUCAGUAUUCGCAUCUGCCAAGAGGACCUUUGCUCAACAAUUUAUGGGAUCUGGUUGA